CUCGGGGAAGUGAGAGGCACAAGUUGUAGGGCGUGGAGAAGUGUUACGUCUGUGGCUUUGGAGGCUGUUGGACAACACAUCUGUGUGUGUGUGUGUGUGUGUGUGUGUGUUUCAUUUUCUCUUCGUGGAACAAUAAUAUUACCUUCGUUGCUAUGGUGGUGUUGCAGGCGUGGCUAAUUGGACACAGACCUGAUUCAGGCUGGUGUCCAUAGUGAUUAUCAGACACAGCCGUGCAACUCGCUUGCAUUUGCUCCCCUAGUGUGAGAGGCUGGCGGGGUAUCACUGCCCGGGCAGUGGGCGCCCUGGGGCGGGGUGGCACCCCGGUCGGAAAUGGACCCAGAAGCUGGGCUUUAGGCAGGAGCAGGGCUAUUCCUGAUCAUUUCCAAGGCUGGAACACAGCCCGGCUUUGCUGAGGGCCAGGGCUUUGGGAACUCCUCCUCGGAGGCCCGGGACCACAGGGGAGGUGACACCUGCUACCGGGCGAGGGGACAGAGGCGCCCGUGGCACCCGGGGGCUCGAGGCUGCUGUGCAGCUGGUCCCCUGGGCCCACUCACCUGGCAGGUGCUGUCUUCCCACUGAGGUUGUAGCAUCCAUGCAGAAGGGUGUUCAUGCGUGAAUUAGCUGAUGCCACAGGGGAAGCAGCGGAUGUGGAAACGGUGGCAGAAGAUGACCAGUGGGUCAGCUCUGCAAGAGGAAGGACUGCGGGGCUGAGUGCGUCUGGGCCGCCCGGGGACCGGAGGCUCCGGAAAGAGGAGCAAGCCACUGGCCAGGGUGGUGUCUGAAGUGAGCUGAGUGCAGAGUGUGGCUCCCGGUUGGGGCCAGAUGGCUUCACAUGGUGCAGAUAGAAUAUUCAGGAGAAGCCUGGAAGGACCCUGGGAGUCGAAGCCUGGAAUGGUCCCCCCUCCACCGGGAGAGGAAAGCCAGACCGUUGUCCUUCCACCAGGCUGGCAGAGCUACUUGUCCCCUCAGGGCCGGCGCUACUAUGUCAACACGGCCACCAAUGAGACCACCUGGGAGCGUCCCAGCAGUUCUCCUGGGAUUCCAGCCAGCCCUGGCCCUCACAGAAGCUCUCUGCCUCUGACAGUGAAUGGAUACCACACGUCAGGGACCCCAGCGCACCCUCCUGAGACUGCCCACAUGAGUGUCCGAAAAUCCACCGGUGAUUCCCAGAACCUGGGAUCCUCGUCACCAGGCAAAAAGCAGAGCAAGGAAAACACCAUCACGAUAAACUGCGUGACAUUUCCUCACCCAGACACGAUGCCGGAGCAGCAGCUACUCAAACCAACCGAAUGGAGCUACUGUGACUAUUUCUGGGCUGAUAAGAAGGACCCCCAAGGCAACGGAACCAUGGCUGGGUUUGAACUGCUGCUUCAGAAACAGCUGAAGGGCAAACAGAUGCAGAAAGAAAUGUCAGAGUUCAUCCGGGAAAGGAUAAAGAUUGAAGAAGAAUAUGCAAAGAACUUAGCUAAGUUGUCUCAGAACUCCUUGGCUGCUCAGGAGGAGGGCUCCCUGGGAGAAGCGUGGGCGCAGGUGAAGAAGAGCCUUGCCGACGAGGCUGAAGUUCACCUCAAGUUCUCCGCCAAGCUUCACAGUGAGGUGGAGAAGCCCCUCAUGAACUUCCGCGAGAACUUCAAGAAGGACAUGAAAAAGUGUGACCACCACAUUGCAGACCUCCGCAAGCAGCUCGCCAGCCGCUAUGCCGCGGUGGAGAAGGCCCGGAAAGCCCUCACGGAGCGGCAGAGAGACCUGGAGAUGAAGACCCAGCAGCUGGAGAUAAAGCUGAGCAAUAAGACGGAGGAGGACAUCAAGAAGGCGCGGAGGAAGUCCACGCAGGCGGGAGAUGACCUCAUGCGCUGUGUGGACCUCUACAACCAGGCCCAGUCCAAGUGGUUUGAAGAGAUGGUGACCACCACGUUGGAGCUGGAACGGCUGGAGGUGGAGAGGGUGGAGAUGAUCCGGCAACAUCUGUGCCAGUACACGCAGCUGCGGCACGAGACGGACAUGUUCAACCAAAGCACAGUCGAGCCUGUGGACCAACUGCUUCGAAAAGUGGACCCAGCCAAAGACAGGGAGCUGUGGGUCAGGGAGCACAAGACGGGCAACAUCCGCCCCGUGGACAUGGAGAUCUAGACACACGGCCUGGGGGGUCCUGCUGAGGAGGGGCUGAGGUCCCACGCAGAGGAGGUGGCACUCCUGCCAGGGGGGACCUGCUCCCAAGCGGAGCUGCCCUCCCACCCGCUCUCCUGGUCCACUGAGGAGAGGGGACAGUGAAGCCAGAAGAGCGGCCCGGAUGGCCCCAUGGGGAGCUCCCCAGUGUUCCCAGGCCGAGAAGAUGGAUCCACAGCCCUGCCCUUGUCUCCGAGGCUGAAGCCCCCCAAGUCCCAUGCCGUGCUUGCCACUCCGAGAACAAACCGAGGCUGGAACGUUGUGGUCCCUGCUGAGCACCAGAGAGGUCCCCUCCCCACCCAGAGCCAGCUGUGUCACACGCUCACGCCCCUGGAAGCCCCAAGGCCCUUCCUCCAGCCAGCCCACUUGUCUCCAGGGCUUUGGAGGGGCGGGGGAGAGAGGUCUCUGUCUCCAAGCCAAGUGUCAGGAUCAGAAUCGUGGAUAGAAGGCACCUUUCAGCUCAACAGCCCACACCCAGAAUCCUUUGCAGCAGCCCUCCCUCUUUGUUUUUUCCCGUUGCAUAUUCUGGGAGCCCACAUCCUGGCUCUUCUCUGCUACUUUUCAUCGUUGGGAGUCUUGGGAAGAAUGCCUGGCUCCUGUUCUCCCAGACUGACCCUGCCUGCAAAGGUCAGGAUGGAACUACCUCGUUCAGCAAAUUCGCCCCAAGUCGGAGCAUUGAAUCGUGUUUCCUAUUAGAUCAGGCGUCAAUGUCACGUGCUGUCUCUGGGCAGCCCCGUCCACCCAGCCCACAGCCGCUUCCUCGGGGGAGCUCCAUCCUCCACCCUCGCUUGUCCUGGGGGGCUGGGUCAGUCCCAUGUUGGAGAUGGGUUGGGGCAAGUGUCUGUCACCCCCCCCAGAUGGCUCCACCUGCCUACGCACAGCGGGGUCGGGACCACUGUCUCAUGUAUGGCUUUCACUGGCAGGCACUGUGCAGGCAUCGCAGACUCUCGUAGCCACAGUACAUGUCACCAGGCAGUCUGGCACCUUGGCCUCUCAGCUCCUGCACGUUUCAAAUCCCCGCACGGAGCCCCUGCUUGGUGCUGCUACCCCCUUGCCCUUUGCCCAUCUCCCCAUUCCUGGGAGAGCCUGGUCUGAGUGUGACCUGGGAAGCUUUGGCACUGCCAUCGGGUCCUCACUCAUCUCUUUCUCCCUUACGUGUUAAAUCUUGAGAAUCAGCUCGAGGCCACGGGAGGAAGAAAAGGGCUGAAGGAGGUCAGACAACUUGCAAGGGGCACAUUCUGGCCCGGAACCCGCACCCUGAGAACCCAUCUUUCCUUUUAAUCUUUCCCUUGAUUACUUCGGAUUCACAGGACUCAUGUGUUUCUCGUAAGGGCAGACGUCUAAGGUAACUCACUGGUCUUUCUCUCUGUCGUCUAUGCUGGUAACUGAUGACUUGUUAUUCUUGAAUCUUUUGGCACCUCUGCCUUUUGAGUCAGUAUGGCGCCCUCGUAGUUACGGUAGAAAGAUGCCGAAUAGCCUAAAGCAAACCAAGCUUUGCCAGUUUUUUUAUUGAAACAUCCCAACCAGAAAGGUCAACAGGAAGGCCUUCACCAACAUGAAGGCCAGCAGGACGGAUGUGUGUCUGGCAUGGAGAACCACUCCUAGUCUGAAGUUGGGCCAUGACACCAGCUGCCAGUUUGGGGAUAUCAUUUCUUUGGUUUCUCUGUAAAAGAUCGGUGCUAGUAGUAAUUGCUUUGUGGCUGAGUAAACUAAUUUGUGGGUGAUUUUCCGACAUUCAAAGCCAACAGCCUUGUUAUUAACGCAGAUACUUUGAGUGUGAUAUCGCUCGUUGAUUUUGUUUUCUCAUCCCCAUCUGAGGAUUCCGGAGUCUUCUGUGCUUCCCUGGGGCUCUCUUGCCUCUUUCAGGGUAGCCCAAGUUGGCCCCUUGUGGGCCAGUCUAUUUUCUGAAGUCAUUCUUUCCCCCUCAUCCUUUUCCCUCAGUUUCGUUAGCCCUUCCACAUCUUUUUUCUUUUUUCUUUUUUCUUUUUUCUUUCUUCCCUCCUUUAUUCAUUCAUCAGGCAUUUAGCUGAGCCUGGGCAAUGUGCUAAGAUCCAGGGACAAGGUAUGGCCCUGUCAUCAGGGGAGCCCACAGUCUCUUGUUUGGUAGAGACUUGUCUUUUCUCCAGGGGUCUUGCAGGUCAGUAACUUUGGCAUUCACGUACAGGUACUCUGCAGAAUUUAGGUUUGCAGAGAUACUGUCUGUUGUGCUAAUAGCUCUUCUUUCAUUCAUUCAGCCAUUCACUCAUUCGUUCACUUAAUCAUCAGACACCUGGGGCAAGCCAGGCAUUGUGCCGGUACUAGAAAUGUAGCUGCAUACCAGACAGGCACUCCGCCCCCGGCCCCCCUCUAUUCUCCAUGUGGAAGGGGGAUGUUUUCAGACCUUUCUGGGGAAUGAGAACCUUGCACCCCUUCCACAUUUAACCCACUGGGAGCCUGUAAUCAUAAUACAAACUACUGCCAUGUGGCAUUUACCCAAGGACAGAGAAACCAGGCAGCAACAAGAGUAUGAUCACCUGGUCCGCCAGACCCUCCAUGGCUCAUAUCCAACUCAAAGUUCAGAGAUUUGUUUUAGAUCAUUCUUCUCACUUUACAAAGAGGAAGAAUGAAGCCGGAGGACGGCCGGUGAGAGCCGUGAGAUGAACAGCGACCUACAAGCAGGCCUGGAAUCCCUAUGUUAACAGGGCUCCGCAUGUGGGUGAAGUCAGAGUUAGGGUGAAGAGUCUGGAAUACCUAAAAGCGCGCUUCGGAGGGACCCUCGGCCCCGGCGGUGGUUUGGGUUUGGGCUUUGGCGCGUAGGUUAUAGGAGGGUCUGCCUGGCUUGAUUCAGGGUGAGUGGCCCCAGGCCAUCCUUGAGCACAUCCACUGUUCCAUUUCUGAGGACAGGUGAGCCUCUUCUACCUGGGAGACACGGGUGCACUUCGUUUUGUCUGUGAUAGCCUGAUGUUUUACAAAACAGUCUCUAAAACAAAAGUGAGUUGCCACGAAAACCUCCAGGAAAAGCUACUUGUUCCUCUCCAUUUUUUUUUUCUCUUGCUUUUGAUCGGUAUUGCAAAGCCCUGGCCAGCUGAGCCACAGGAACGGCUGCCCCGAGGUUCUGCCCGUGGAACCGCCUUGGGCCUCCUUUCACUGGGGAGGGUGGAUUGGGUUUCUGCAGUAGGAGACAUUUCUCCCUUCACUGGGGCUGAUUAAUGAUCGAAGCAAAUAGAAACCGUACAACUCAGGAACCAGGGGUUUGUUUCUGUUCCCUUUGUGAAAACCAAUCCAUUACGAGAUUAGGGGAUGGGUGCAGAGAAAUCCUGGUGGAGCCAAAGUCCCUUCUUGGCAAUUCAAGCCAUGAAAUUCAAAGGACGUCAAAGACCUCAGCUUGUUUAGGUGAUUUUACUUCCAGCUGUGAGUGGCCUUGACAAGGAGAGUUUAAACAGGAUUCUGCAGACCUGCUGCUGGUUAUGUAGGUAGGGAAAGCCUUGGACAAAUGUUAAGUGGGGCGCAGACCAGCGGCCGGCUUCCUUAGCCGGCAUACUGUCUUAUUUCCAUAAGCCUCUCCGCCCCUACAAGUCCCCCUGCCUUUUCUUUUUACAAGUUUAUUGACAUCUCUGACGUUUGGUAUCGGGGGUUCAUUGACAUACAGUAAAAUUCACCCUUUUGAAGUCUACAGUUCAGUGAAUUUUGACAAAGGUGCACAGCCUUGUAACCAGCACCGAAAUCAACGUGGUAUUUCCAUCACUCCAAAACAUCCCCUCAGGCUCCUUUGAUGUCCAUCCACUCCUCCCACCCCCAGCACCUGGUGACCACUGAUGGAUUUUCUGACCCUGCAGAUUUGCCUUUUCUAGAAUGUCAUAGAAGUGGAGCCACACUGCAGUAGCCUUACAGUCUGGCCUCCGUCACUCGGCUCGUUGCCUCUGAGUCACCUUGUGGCGGGAUGUUAGUAGCUUGUCCCCUUAUAUCUCCAGUCCGUUGCAUGGGUGCACCCCGCUGCUUCCUUGCUUUUAAAAUGAGUUGUCUGCCCCCGAAGUUCCUGGCCUGGGGUCUUAAGCUCGUUUGCACGGCUACUUUCAGCCAGCGGCGCCCACGAGUGGUUCUUGGGGCUCACGCCUGCAUUUUCGGAUCAUUUUAAGUUUUUGACAAUGCAGAAAGCUGCUGGGGUCGGGGGGAGGGGGCGGGCAGGGUCUCCACUGCCCUCCAUUUCCGCUGGCAUCUCAGCUGGUAGUUCUACUUGCUUCUGGGGACACUCCCUUCAACUCGCCCAGUCCCUGCCAUUUGGUGAGGGUUAGAGGGUGUGGAAGGUGGGUGGAGGGAGCGUGGAUGAGAAGACAGGGAGUCCAUCACCACCCUUUCCUGGAUCUCUGUUCCUUCAUCGGCAAACUGAAGGUUUUCGUUCUAGACGGUCUCCCAGGCCUCCUCCAGCUGCUGCAUUCUGUCUCCUCCCCUUGGCACCUCCAGUUUUGUACCCUGUGCCCACGUCAUGCCCAAUCUGUGUCCCGUCAGCACGGCUGUGCGUGAUGUCACCUAACACCCUCAUGAGAGGGAUACCCAGGCGCUUCUCUGUUCAGAUACAAAAACUUAAGAGUUUCGUGAGCUGUUGAGAAUGAGGUAGUUCCUCCUUGCACCCCUAAAGAAAGCAGAAGUCAUUAAUUUUUAUCCACCAAGUUUUGACACCAUGUCCUGAAAGUCACUUCCAAGGAGCAUAAACAGGCAUGAAGACACAGCCCCCUCCCUUCAGGUUCUUGUCGCUGCCGGAGCUUUGCUCACCUGGCCUGUGCCCUCACCGUACUGGAUGGUGGCAGAGAGAGGGCCGCACCCAGCUGACACUGUUCAGCUCUGGGCCUGACCCCCAAGGUAAGAACUCCUCCAGGCACAUCUUGAUCGUGCCCUGCUCAGUGAAAGUUGAGCCCCGGAAGGCAACCAGCACCUCUCCCAGCAAAUGGAAGACAUUCUUGGGUCCAGGCCAGGUGAAGGUAUGGGCCAUGGAACCCAAGUCACAGGGCCCCACGCUGCCAGGGACCACGAAAGACUUUCACACCAUGAAAGUCAUUUCUGUCGGGCCUUUUCUGAAAGUGAGGGACCCAACUCCCCUUUCCUGGUUUGGGUGAGGCCAAGACAAGUGACAAAAACCAAUGUUCCAUUUCCCCUAACCCUCUAGAUGCUGGGGCGUGGCUGUUGGGUGCCUUUGUUGGGAGGUGCCUCUGAGGGAAGAGGGGUUGUGAUGAACUUGGAUCUCUAUGCGCUGUUCAGGGGAAUUGACCCUUUGUGUCUGAGGGAAAUUCCUAAUGGGAUUGCAGCGGCGGGAUGCAGGGGGUCAGGCACAUGCGUGCUCUCCUGGGGACAGUGUGACAUGGGGAUGAGGAAGGAAAGCAUAUGGUACCAGGGCAAGAGCACCGGACUGGCCCUGCUCUGCCAUCUCAUUUGUCCCAUAACCUGAAGUUAAGUCACAUCCCCUCCCGGGACCUCUGUGUUAUUACCGAGUGGAGUUGCUCCCCAUCUGGCGCCACACGCGGCAGCAGACUGGCUCUCGGGACUGUGGCCUCCAGGCAGCCAUGUGGACCCAGGGACAGUCAUUCAAAGGGACACGAGCCAUCCUUGGUGACAGGGGCCCCAAAUUUGCAUCUCUGCCCUUAGGAAGGAGAUGAAGGGGGUGGGCAGCCCUUUCACAAACGAGCACAUCAGCAAACCCCAUGAAAGUGGAAUUUUCUAACAAACUUGCUUGUUUGCUCUGUUUUCUGUAACUUUUGCUAAAUACUUUAUACAUUUUUAACGUUAAACAGCGGUGUCUCCUCCAGCAUUCCUCAUCCCAGAAUGAAUGUUUACUCCACAUUGUAUAUCCUUCCAUCC